AUGUACCACUGCGCUCUCUGUGGACAGAAUGACGAGUUGAUGAGCCCGAAUCCACAUUCGAGCUACUGUGCAAUCUACAUCAUCUCCGGCGAGCCCAACCGAGUCUACUUCCACGAAUUCAAGCCUGAACAACAAAUCGACGAAUAUCACAUCGUGGUGCCGGGUCGGAAUGAGCCUGGAUACCUUCACCUGCACUAUAUUCCAAUCUCCAACAGGCACGAUAAUCCCGGAGAUCUCUUCUGCCAUGGUUUUGCCUUCCACCAUUAUUGUUGGGCCAUGCUUCUGCAUAUACAACCAGAUAUGCUUAGCCAACUUGUGGUAGUGCACGAGAUACUGUCAUCUUUUCCAAAGUUUGCGUGCGAAAUGCCCCAGCUCGAUAUUGGACACACCUACGGCGGCAAUCUCACUACCUACAUUGACAUGAUCCAUGGCAAGGCGGACGAGACCGCCGAGUUCAGUGGCUCGUACCAACCCGAUCUGAACCGAAUUCGCAGCCUUGUGUCCCUUUUCGGGAAAGACUAUUCUGAGAGCAGGGACGCAUUAGGUCACAUCCCACAGGAUCAAAAGAAGAGGAAGUCGAGAAAGAGAAAACCGAAAAAGACAAAGCCAGCGAAAGACAAAAUCUCCGAGCUACCUGUGGAGCUGCUCCAUAUGAUUCUGUCCCAUUUACCAUCGUCAUCUGUUGUCAGAUUGAUGCAGACCGCAAGAGUCUUCUACAUGGCCGGAUUACCCGAUCGAUUUUGGCAAUCACGGUUCACAGAUGGGUAUGAGUUUGGGCACCUCACCCAGGCGGUGGCGCUCCGGGACAAAUUCCGAGGGUGUUGGAGGUCGGUCUUCAUGGCUGCAAAGAAGAUCCAAAACGACCCACACGUUCUUCUGAGAAAGAAAGUGUAUACAGUGGCGGUGUACCUUGCUGACAUCAUCGAUGCACGAACGAAAAUGCGCAUCUGUCAGGGGGGAAUGAGUCCCCAGAGCCCUGACUACCCAAAGGGCGUUCCCUUCGACAUUCCUGCCUUGAUUGCAAGGCAAAGCUCUAGGGUGCGAGAGGUUUACCUUCAGUCUUCUGGUGAGGAUAGAACAACGGCUAUUCGAUUUGUUGGUCUUCAGACUCCAGUAGUAGCUGUUUUCGUGUCGUUGAUCACGCUCGGCGAUGUGAAGUACGUUGCUGGCCUGCGGAUUGUCGAAGGGAAUGGCAAGUCCCAGACUCUGGGAUACCUAGAUUCAACCCAAGAGAUCUCUAUGAUGACAUUCCAAGAGCCAAUCAUCGGGUUUCGUUUUGCGAUCGACCGAGCAGGGGUGCGAGGUGUAGCUAUGAUCUCAUCGUCGCGUAAAGUGUCACCCUGGGUUGGCGAUUAUUGGAAUCUUGUCAAGACUGAAGGACUGACUAACCCUGGAGAUAAGAUAACAUGGCUGGAAGCAGAGUUUGAUGCUGUCAAGCUCGUGAAACUUUGGAUCUUCUAUGAAUUACGGGAGGCGCCAGAGCAUCUUUUCUUUGAUGAACAUUGCGCUCAUUGGCAUUGGGGCAUACCUGAUCUGGAUCUGGGAUGGAAACGGGGAAGUGGAAGCUCCCCUACCGCUGGACUCGUCUGGAUCAGUCUGGAGAGACCAGACCAUCCAACUCCGUACGCAACGGGCCUGACUGUCUAUUAUGAUAGACGCCCACAGUUGGGGGACGCUGCCGAGCGUAUGAUUCGGCUCGAGGUUCACUUUGGGCGACAGCUUAUUGUCAUCGGGAGGGAAAAUAUCCUUGAUCCUGCUCACAACUUUUGCAGCAGAACCCACUUUUAUAUCAACGGUGCUGCUGGUGAGCGAGUCACAGCACUGGAAGCCUAUUAUUCGAACACUUCCUCUCGUUCCAAUCGUCUCGAGCCACAGGACGAGCCCUACGGCUUCACGAUUUAUACGGACCGCAACAGUUACGACUUUUUUACGCCUUCAGAAGAGCUAAGUAACGAUUCAUUUUGUUCAACUUCCAGCAAAUUUGAGGCCAAGGGCAGUCCCGCGGCGGGCCUCUGUGCAAUCACCAAUAACGGCAUCAUCCAGCACGUGGGUCUUGCUUACAGAUAG